AGACGUAAUAUCUUAAAAAAAAUCAAAUUACGAAUCCUCUGAUGAAUGAUAUCUUCUUUACUUUGUACAUUUCAAUUCACGUUGAAGUUCUCUUCAGCAAUACAGAUAUUACGAAAAGCUCACAAAUACGGGAAAGAUUGUCACUCACAAAUUGCCAGAGAUGAGAUGAUGUAAAAUUUUAGUAGAUAGAAAGCGUGUCAAGAAGCUUUGAUACAUAAUUGAUCAUAAAAUUACAUUUAUACAAAUCUAUCUACUAAAAUUUUACAUCACUUUAUCUUUGGCAAUUUGUGAGUUUUUUUGGAUAUAUAAGUUUUUCGUAUACGUAGGCUGGAAAAGUUUCGGCAAUCUAAUACUUCCAGCGGCGCCAACGUUCUGCUACUAUCAUAUCCGUAAAAUUAAACAUUUUUAACCUAUAAUUCAGUUGACAGUUUGUACCCAAGCCAACUAGUUUUGUUUGCAUAGUAUUUUAAAAGAAGUUAUUUUGUGAGAAAAUGGAAAUUUCGCGUGAAAAUUUUCGGGCAAUGAUUUUUUACGAUUACAAAUGUAAUCUAACUCCGAAACAAUGCAUCGAUCGACUUCAUUUGGCUUUUGGGGAUGAAGUACUAUCCAAUAGGACUGUUUAUAAUUGAUUUGCCGAAUUCCAGCGUGGACGUAUCUUUCUUUGUGACGAAUUCCGUAAAGGUCCAUCCACGUCUGUUGUUGCCACUAAUGUUGAUGCUGUGCGUGAAAUGAUUGAGCGAAACCGGCAUAUGACAUACCGCGAGAUUUAGGCAUCCUUAGGCAUUGAGACAUGAAAGCAAUACAAUUUUGCAUGAUCACUUAAGCGUACGGAAACUUUGCAGUCGUUGGAUCCCACACAAUUUGACCGAAGCUCAAAAAUAGGCUCCUGUUAAAUGGAGCAAAGAAAUGCUCAAGAAAUUCAAGGGUUCAAGGUCGGUCAAAUUUGGUUUACAACAUCAUUACUGGGAACGGAACAUGGAUCUAUUCGUAUGAGCCCAAAAGUAAACAACAAUCCACCGAUAUUUGAGUAUUUCAAAAUGAAUCGAAACCAACAAAAGUUGUUCGUUCACGCAGCCAAGCAAAUGAUUGCUCGUUUCUUCAGUUAUACCGGACAUGUGGCAACCGUGGCUUUAGAGGAUCGAAGGACUGUAAAUACUGAUUGGUAUACAACAAUUUAUUUGCCAGAAAUCAUAAAUGAAUUGCGUAGAACAAACCGAAAUCGUCGCAUCAUCAUGACAACGCCAGCUGUCACACAGCACGUCAAAUCAUGGAUUUUUUAUCCAUAAAUUCGAAUUGAUGACUCAUUGUCCGUAUUCACCUGAUUUAUCAACUAAUGAUUUCUUUUUGUUCCCAAACGUUAAAAAGAAGAUGCGUGGUGAGCGAUUUGAGUCGUCUGAAGCAGUUGUUGAAACAUUUCGUACACUGAUUUCUAAGAUUACAGCCUCAGAGUGGAAAAAAUGCUUCGAAAAACAAUAAAGCCAUACCGAAUUUUACAUGUUUUUUUUUCAUAUUGUUUGCAGAAACUUUUCCAGCAGCCUACGUAUCUAUAUUGUCUCAUUAGCCUUAAUUUAUA